AUGCCCAAUUACGUGAAGAAGCACAGAUGGGGAGAAUUUGAAACUGUUGCUCUUACUGAAGUGUGCACAACAAUGUUGAUGGAUAAAUUACCUCGAAAGUUGAAGGAUCUAAGGAGUUUCACUGUCACGUAUUCCAUUGGAAAUCAUUAUGUUGGUAAGGCGUUAUAUGAUUUAGGAGUAAUUAUAAAUCUAAUGCUUAUGUCUAUUUUCAAGAAGCUAGGAAUUGGGAAAGCAAGACCUACUACAAUGACUUUGAAAUUAGAUGAUCGAUCCUACGCCUAUUUGAAGGGUAAAAUUGAGGACGUACUGAUGAACAUAAAGAAUGCCAUGUCAUUUGUUUGA